UUUUGUAUAGUUCGGUCACAUUGCGUCUCGUCGUCGUGUACAAAAAUCAAUUACUAUUACUGCUGAAACUGAAUAUAUACGCAAAGCGUUUUCGCGAGUAAACAAAAACGGCAGUCAACUACAAUUAGCAAUAGAAGUUGUACGUGUACAAAUUAUAGUUGGCGCAAGAAGUAUUUGUUUGUUAAAUCUACGUAGCAAUACAUUUGGAAGGAAACAAAAUGCAGAUCAAGGAAUUCCGCGUGACUUUACCAUUAACCGUGGAUGAGUAUCAAGUAGCACAAUUAUUCUCAGUGGCAGAGGCGUCAAAGGAGAACACGGGAGGUGGCGAGGGCAUUGAGGUAUUAAAAAAUGAACCCUUCGAAAAUUAUCCAUUGUUGGGCGGCAAAUACAAUUCCGGUCAGUAUACAUAUAAGAUCUACCAUCUGCAAUCAAAAGUUCCAGCGUACAUAAGACUAUUGGCGCCCAAGGGCUCAUUGGAGAUACAUGAGGAGGCAUGGAAUGCUUAUCCUUAUUGUCGAACGAUUAUUACGAAUCCUGGCUAUAUGAAUCAGAACUUUGUAAUUUAUUGUGAUUCGCAUCAUUUUGCAAACGAUCUUGGCGAUUUGCCUAAUGUUCAUGAACUGACGCCCGAUAAGCUGAAAGUGCGCGAAGUUGUUCACAUCGACAUUGCCAAUGAUCCGAUUCUGCCCGCUGACUAUAAGCCCGAAGAGGAUCCAACCACCUACCAAUCGAAGAAAACUGGUCGUGGUCCUUUAGUGGGCGCUGAUUGGCGAAAACGCGUUGAUCCUGUGAUGACCUGCUAUAAGCUGGUCACGUGUGAGUUCAAAUGGUUCGGUCUGCAGACAAGAGUAGAGAAUUUCAUACAAAAGUCCGAGCGACGUCUCUUCACAAACUUCCAUCGCCAAGUUUUCUGUUCAACUGAUCGCUGGUUCGGUCUAACAAUGGAGGACAUUCGCGCCAUUGAGGAAAAGGUCAAGGACGAGCUUGACAAGGCGCGUCUGGUGGGCGAGGUGCGGGGCAUGCGUGCGGAUGGUGAUUAAAUUUAGUAGACAAUUAACAAAACCAGAUAUGUAAAUGUAAAAAAAACACACAAGAAAAACAAAAUGCAAUGAAUUGGUAAAAAGAGCAUAAAUAAAUUUAAAAAGGAAAACUUAACUAAAAUGCGAUUGGAAAAAAGGAAACGAAUACGAUAAAAGAAUUGCCGACAAGAGGAGGAAGAACAACAAAAACACCAAGUGUAUAACAACAACAAAAGAAAAAAAGAAACAACAGCAAAGCUUAGAUCUAGAGUAGCUCCCAAGCACAUCAACACAUCAACAACAACAAGGCAGGAUCAGCAGCAACAAGAACACCAAUCAAGAAAACCAAUCAACAACAGUGCCCUUUGGUUAAGUUUUAUUUUGUACGAAAAAUGUAAUCAGGAUAUACACAACAACACACAAUCCAUUUAAUCCCUUACUACAUUAUUACAAACAAAAAGUCACACUUUAGCAUUAAUAUUUUAAAGUUGUUGCCUCGAAUUCAAUUUGUAUUAUUGAUAUAAUUUGUUUAAGUUGCAACUGUAAAUGAAAUAAACUAAAUGACAGCAAAUGUAAAAAGUUUAAUAGCAACAAUGCAACACAAAAUGUUGCCUGACAAAACACACACACAAACGAGUCAAAUGAAAUGAAUAAAAAGUGCAUCGAAGCCAAGUAAAUCCAAUAAAAACAAAAGUCGAUAUCAACUUGUCUGAUAUACAACACACACACAUACCAUAUAUAUAUAAAACCUACACACACCACCAAACAAAGCCACAAAACAUGUAGAGGAACGAUCUGCAUAUGUAAAUCGUGCAACGAAGUUGUCAGAUUUCUUGAUAUAUUUACAUUGGAAAGACUUUGUGAGCGAGUCUUGCAUUCGCUUAGCCAUGCGGCGAAGUCGAGUUCGAGAUGCGAAUUCAUGAAUUAUGUAGAAGCGUAAGACUAAAGGGGGGUUGUUACUUUAUUUCCGGUAUUAUGCCAUAAAGCAUAUCAAUUCUUCAAGCUGAUAAACUCUUCAUCACCUCCCCCAAACACUGCAACCUCUGCCCAUUUGAUUUGAAGGUGAUCUCUUUGUCUUUGUAGAGUAGAUGAGCAAACAAAAACAUGAAUAUACAAUAUAUACUGCCAGAAUUGAUAGCAUUGACGAAAUUUGAUCAGAGCACACACAUCUUAUAUACAUAGAUAUAUGGGCACCACCUCUAGUACCAAAUCCGAAUGUUUCAAACACUUGCCGCUAUUUUCUGCUCAAAGUAUUAACUUUAUCUAUCUAUAAAACGUCCAUUUUAAAGUAAAACCUAACGAACGGCUUUUAACAGACACAAACAUAAUACUUAUGAUAUAAUAAUAAUAUUAACAAUGAAUAUAAAGCACAGCAUGGAAUCCAGUCUAAGGGAAUAAAUAGUAACUAUAAAAUAUGAAAUACGAAAUACACUCACAAAAGUGAAUUUAAUUGAACCUCAUAAGCUUAAAGCAUGGAUUUUCCAUAUGUAACUUCAUGAACACACAGUUAGGACAAAAACGCA